CGACAAGAAUGGCGACUGCGGUGAAGACCACUAAGGGGACGAACCCCAACGAGGUACUCCAACCUCCAGAACAAGUCCAGGUCGAACCCCACCAGGAAAUCGACAAGCGAUUAGAAACAGAAGAGCAAAAGAUCGAUGUCAAUGGCGUGUCAGUAUCGCCCUCUCUGUCCACCAUCGACUUGACGCCUUCAGAGGACCUCGAUGUCAGCGAGUUCACCGUCAAACCACCCGCCAGAGAGGCUGGCGAGCCCACGUACCGUGGCUGGAAAGAGGUGGGAAGAUGGACCCCCGAGGACGCGUUGACUUUUGACGACGAGCUCGUGGACUUGUUGACCAAGAGUACCAUCUUCGACAAGUACUUGCCCUCAGUCGCCUACGGUGACUGGUACCACAACGCAGGCUACUUGAUUGUGGGUGGAUUGUUGUCGUGGUUGAUCGGAUGGUUCCGUUUCAGCAUGGCACCCUUGUUUUUUGUCAUCGUUAGUUUCUCCUUGCUCUACCGGUCGUCUGUCAGAAAGUACAGAUCAGUUUUGAGAGAACAGGCCCAGCGUGAGUUCUCCAUCAAGUCUAUCGAAAACGACUAUGAAACCAUGGACUGGUUGAACACCUUCUUGGAAAAGUUCUGGGUAUUCUUGGAACCCUCCAUCGCCCAGAUUGUGUGUGACCAAGUCAACCCCAUUCUCGCUGCAUCACCUGCUCCUGCGUUCGUCAAGUCCUUGUGGAUCGACAGUUUCACUGCCGGAACCAAGCCACCUAGAAUCGACACUGUCAAGACCCUCCACGGCACCAACGACGACAUUGUGGUCAUGGAUUGGGGAUUCUCCUUCACUCCUAGUGCUCUUACCGACACUACUACCAAGCAAAUGAAGAACAAGGUCAACCAGAAAGUUGUGGUCAAGGCCAGCUUGUUUGGGCUUACAAUCCCAGUGGCCGUUUCUGAUGUGUCUGUCAGAGGUUUGGCUAGAGUCAGAUUGAGAAUGAUGAGCUCCUUCCCCCAUGUCGAAACCGUCAAUGUCUCCUUGUUGGAGCCUCCUCAUAUUGAUUUCACUUCCAGAGUGUUGGGUGAAUCCAUCUUCAACUGGGAAGUUUUGGGAUUCCCUGGUUUGUACCCUUUCAUCAACGAAAUGAUCAAGAAAUAUGUUGGUGCUAUUCUUUUCACUCCAUUAUCUUUCCAAUUGAAUGUUCAGCAAUUGUUGGCUGGUAACGCCUUGGACUCCUCCAUUGGUGUCUUGGCCGUUACAGUUAACAACGCUAGAAGAUUGAAGGGUUUCAAUGGAGUUGGUAACACCUUGGACCCAUACAUCACCAUUGGUUUUACUAACAAGGUAUUGGCCAAGAGUACUAUCAAGAAGGAUACUGACGAGGCCACCUGGAAUGAGACCUAUUAUAUUCCUGUUGUAUCCUUAUCUGAACCUUUGAACCUCGCUGUCAUUGAUUACAAUGAAUACAGAAAGGAUAGACAAGUUGGUUCCAUUCAAUUCGAUUUGGAAUGCUUAUUGGAAAACGACAAGCAGCCAAACUUAUCUGCUCCAUUCAUUAGAAACAACAAACCGGUUGGUGAGUUGAACUUCGGCUUACAGUUCAUGCCUACAAUUGAACCAGAAAACCAGGCUGACGGUGCCGUUAUUCCACCACCAGAUUUGAAUACUGGUAUCGUAAGAAUUGAGGUUAUCGAAGCUAGACACUUGAAGUCUUCUGAUGACAAGGGUGCCUCCACUUACGCUGAAGCUUACAUUGGAAAUGAAAAGGUUAUCUCUACCGGGGUUCAGAAGAACACUAAUAACCCAGGCUGGGGUGCUUCGCACGAACACAUUAUUUACAACCGUGCCAAGUCAAAGGUCAAGGUUGCCGUUAAGGACAAGUCCAACAAGAUCAUUGGAAGAAUCAAUCUUAGACUUAAUGAGCUUAUUGAUGCUACUCAAGUCGAGCAAACUUGGUUCCCAUUGUCUAAGGGUGGUGAAGUCAGAAUCACUGGUUCUUGGAAGCCAGUUGGUUUGGUUGAUGCCAGCGGUGCUGGUGGAUACAGUCCUCCAAUUGGUACUGUCAGACUUAGUAUUGACAAGGCUGAUGAUUUGAGAAACUUGGAACAUAUCGGUAAGGUUGAUCCUUAUGCUAGGGUCUUAGUCAAUGGUUUCCAGAGAUCCAGAACUGCUGCUGUGGAAUCUACUUUAAACCCAACAUGGAACGAAAUCCAUUACUUCACUGUUUCCUCUCCUAACCAAAAGUUGACUAUAGAUGUUAUGGAUGUCGAGGCCCACUCUCCAGAUCGUACCCUUGGUUCAUUUGACGUUAAGUUGACUGAAAUCAUCAGCAAGAAUGAAAAGGGUGAGUACGUUGAGUACAUCGACACUGAGAAGAGAGAGUCUAAGUUGAUUCACAAGAAGGGUCCAAAGGGUACUGUUACGUACUCCUUGUCUUUCUAUCCUACUUUACCAGUCAAGACCUUGCAAGAUAUUAAGGAGGAAGAAGAAGAAAAGGAAGAAAGGGAAAAGGCAAGAAAGGCAAAGGAGAAAGAAAAGGCCAAUUCUGCACCUGCUGGUUUCAAGGAAGAUACUAAGCAAGAGGAGAACGUCAAGGGCGACGACAAGACCAAGAAGGACCAACCUGAAGACGACGAAGAUGAGGAACAAGACAAAUCGAAGUUGGAAUUGUCACUGGAUGAAUUGAUGGAGUACAAGAGUGGUGUUUUAAUUUUCGAAAUGAUUCACGGCUCUGUUUCCAGAGAAAACUCUUACUUGCAAGUAUUCUUCGAUAAUCAUGGUCAUUGUGACUACGCUUCUGAAAAGUUGACCCGGAGAGACCAAAAGCUUGGUAAGACUGGUGAUGUUAUCAUUAAGGAAUUGGAAUGGUCUAAGGCUCACUUCAGAUUGGUCAAAGACAAGGAAGCCAAUAGACUUGAAAAGGCAAUUGCUGAAACUACCAUUCCAACUUUGCAAUUACUUAAGAAUGGUUACCAUGAACCAACCACUAUCGACUUGAGUGGUGGUGGUUCUUUCAAGUUGCAAUGCUCUUGGGUUCCAAUUAUUUAUGAAUCUGAAAUCCCACCUCAAGAUUCUAUUAAUAAUUCUGGUAACGCCAAGAUUGAGGUUGUCAGGGCCGAGAACUUGAUUGCGGGUGAUAGAAAUGGUAAGUCUGAUCCAUAUGUUGAAUUGUAUUUGAACACUGAUAAAGACUACUUCUUCAAGUCGAAGAAGGUUAAGAAGACUCUUGACCCAGUCUGGAAUGAAAGCACCACAGUUGAAGUGAUCAACAAGUACGACUCUUUUAUUAAAGUGGUUGUGUACGAUUGGGAUAUGGGACCAGAGCAAGAUGACUUACUUGGUUAUGGUAGCAUAAAAUUAUCUGAUGUGCCUACCGACGGUUCUGAAGUUGAGUUGUCUACUCUCAUUGAAGGAGAGAACGGUGAAGAUGGAGGAGCUGCAUUCUUCAAAGUUUCGUUCAAGCCUGAAUUUAUCUUGAACGUCAGACCAGGUAGUGGCACCCAUAUUGGUGAUGCUUUUGGCCAUGUUGGUCAUGUAGGUGUUGGUGCUGGUAAGGGAGUCGUCAAGGGAGUCGGUACCGUAGGAAAGGGUCUUGGAGGAGGUGUUAAGGCACUCAGAAAGGGAUUACAUUUGGGAGGUAAGGAUAAGGACAAAUAGGUCUAUUUGUCCAUACCCUCUGAUAUCUUAAAGAUGCUAAUACCAGUCUACUUGAUUUGAGACGUUCGUUUUUGUUUUACUAGUAUACGUUUGUACAAUUAACUUGUUCGUGUAGCAAAGGUUGUAUAGAAUUAAUUUCAAGACAACUUUGUGAUUCAAGAUUUUCUGAAAAACUGAUAAAAAUCAUAAAAAUAGAGAACAUCGGCACAACUAAGACUACACGAGUGCCGAACAUGAACAAACCAAUAUCAGAUCCAGAUAGCGAAGUCGGCAUUUUUUUAGGUAUUCAUUAGCAAGGUGACUUUCACUUCU